AGCUUUACUUGACUAAUGAUUUUGCAGAUAUUGAGAUGGAAUCGCUUCUUAGACUGUGUGAAGUCAUGAAUCCGAAAGACUAUUAUAAAGCCAAGGAAGGGGAUGAUAUAUUUUUAUGUGAGUAUGAAUAUGGCGUUCGUUGGCAUAGUUUCAAGAGGUUGGCUGAAAUUGAUAAAGAACAGGAUAGUGAAGCAGUUGAUAGUGACACAGAGUGGAAGUUGGACCAGAAUGCAGAUUCCGAUUCAGACGGUGAUGUGAAAUAUGAAGAAGAGAGAGCACAAAUUUUACUAUCUCGAAUUAGCUCAACCCAUGAAUUAGCUGCAAAUUCAAAGAAAGGACAAUUUUGUGGACUACAAAAGAUAGGAGCUAAGAAGAUCCCAGAGCAUACAAGAAGUCGCAAACAGACUGAAUUGGAAAGAGCAAAGGCAACCCUCAUGUUGGCGUCACUACCCAAGUCCCUUCCGUGUAGAAAUAAAGAAAUCGAGGAGAUAACUACAUUUAUUGAAAGUGCUUUAUGUGAUGAUCAAUGCUUGGGUCGAUGCUUGUACAUCUAUGGUGUUCCAGGAACAGGUAAGACAAUGAGUGUGCUGUCGGUAAUGAGAAACUUGCGGGCUAAAGUUGAUGCAGGAAAUCUAAGGCCUCAUUGCUUUGUGGAGGUUAAUGGUCUAAAGCUGGCAGCACCAGAAAAUAUAUACAGGGUUAUUCAUGAAGCAUUAACUGGGCAUAGGGUUAAUUGGAAAAAGGCGCUUCAGUUGUUGACCAAACGUUUUUCAGACGUAAAUAGUUGCAGGGAUGAUGAGCGACCUUGCAUUCUGCUCAUUGAUGAACUUGAUCUUCUUGUAACAAGAAAUCAGUCAAUUCUGUACAACAUUCUCGAUUGGCCUACAAAGCCACAAGCCAAGUUGAUUGUGAUAGGAAUUGCAAAUACCAUGGACCUACCAGAGAAGUUGCUUCCUCGAAUUUCAAGCCGAAUGGGUAUUGAAAGGCUUUGAGCAAUGUGCAACAUGAUUCCUGCUUUUUCAGAGCUCUUGUUCGGCAGCGUAGUCGAAUCAUAUAAGGAGAAAGACUAAUACUUGCUAGGACGUGACAGUAAGACUAUGAUCAUACGAUAGUGGAUUUAUAAUUUCGUACAUUUGUUUUGUUUUAGGUUCAA